GAGGGAGUAUUAUUCACAUUACAUAAGUUGUUGACUUGGACCACAAAAAAGAAGUUGUUGUUGACUUUUGUAAGUGACCUCGUUGACUUGACUUGUUCUUGCGUCUCUGGCUCUCUUUCUUUCUUUCUUUCUUCCCUUUCUUCACAAGACAAUCUACAUUCUUCAAUCUCCUUUACUAGGAUUAGAGAUGUUGCGUCUGUUCAGAAAGAAGAAGAAGAAGAAGCAGAAGAAAGAAAAGGAGAUCAAUUUCCAGAAGAAUGGGAGCUUAUUGUUGGAAGAACUCAUUGCAACUUCAGGAGGUAAAUACAAUCCCAUCCGUACGUUUUCUUCCGACCAAAUCCUUCAAGCCACAAAUCACUUUGACUGGAACUACGUAAUCUCUGAAGACAGAUUCGUGUGGUACAAAGGUAAGAUUGGAAACAGACUCGUACUGAUCAAGAAAUUCCAAGACUGUUCUGUUUUCGACGCUGACAACUUUUACCGUGAUAUUGCGGUUUCAUCUUUGAUGAGUAGCCAUAAGAAUGUUCUCAAGCUUCUAGGGUGUUGUCUAGAGUUUCCUCGUCCUGUUCUCGUGUGUGAGUACCCAGAAAAUGGAGCUCUAAACUGUAUAAGACGUGGAAAAGAAGGCGUCCGGCCAUUCCCUUGGAAUGUAAGGUUGAGAAUCGCUAAGGAGAUUGCAGAUGCUAUAACGUAUCUGCAUACUGAAUUCCCCAGGACUAUAAUCCAUAGGGAUUUAAAGCUUGCAAAUAUUUUCCUGGACGAGAAUUGGUCCGUCAAGCUCUCUUCUUUCAGCCUCAGUGUACUGAUUCCAGAAGGAGAAACGGGCGUAAAUGACAUGGUUUGCAAGACAUCGAGCUAUAUCGAGCCCGGUUACCUCAAUACAGGUUUGGUCACUGAGAAUGUCGAUAUCUAUAACCUUGGGAUCAUCAUGCUAGUUCUUUUGAGAGAAAAGUCUGAAUACACUUCCGAAGUUGCUGUUUAUCUUCCUGCAUUGCCUGUCUAUGUUGGGAAGUUUCUGGAGCGAGGUUUGUUGACUGAGCUGAUAGACCCGUUGAUGUUGGACAGCGCGAGUGACGACAUUCCCCAGCAUUCAAGACUGCAAAUGGAAGCGUUCAUUGAGCUUGCUUUUAGAUGUGUAAGAUUCAGACCAGGAGAGAACGUGCCUCGUAUGAUAGACAUCGCAAAAGAACUCAAGAAGAUAGAAAAAUAUACCUGACGCCACAAAUUUUUCUUGUAAGACUUGAAACAAAUGUAUCUCUUAUAUAGUUUUAGUAGUGAAAAGUUGUUACAAUCUUCUCA